GCGGAUGAGAUGAACUGAAGGUGGAGAGUACGUGCGAAGUACAUCUACGAGGACAAGGUGUAAUUCUGCACGUGAAGCCAGUAGUCACAACAACAUUUUAUCUAAUUGUAUGACAGGCUGUAUCUUCAGAAAUCUACAUUUUAAAACAGUUUAAAUAAUAUUAAACGUCUAAAAACAGGCAGGUAAUCAUGGAUGUGGCCUUUGAUUGGUCAUUUGCUUUGCCUGCAAUUGUAUUCACUCUUUUGGCGAUCAUUGUAGCUCAUGCACUUUUCACUAAGAAACCUACCACUGCCUCGCCGCCGAGAACGGCGUGUGAUGAAGACGCUCAAGCGGGACUAACGGAGAAAGUAAAUAAGCCUGAAGUGGAGACAAAAGAUUUAACACCGGGGCAAACCCACAAAGCGAAUAAGGUAAAGACCGAUGAAGUCAUCAUCUCAGAGGGAAGCUCUGGGUUGAAGGACCAGACUGAGUCGGUGACAGUAGCCCCUGUCGAGUGCAUUGGGGCGGUAAAGGACCAGCCCGUGUCAGAAUCUGUAAUCAGCAGCCAUGUAGCGCGUCAAGAGAAUGAAAUACCGGACAUCAAGGAACCUGUCCCUGAAGCAGUGCCUCGGGAAGAGAGUAUGCAUGCACCAGUGCCUGAAGCCACCUGUGUAGAGGAGACCCUCCUCCCAGAACUGGUCCCAGAGGAGACCCCUGAGAGGGAACAAGACAAUGUCCCUCAACCUAAACCCGAAAAGGGUGUGACCCCACGACCCCCUCCAGAGGAAGAAACAGAAUUCAGCCCAGUGACGGAAGAACAGAAUGCUGCAGCAGCAAGCUUGGAGGAAGACUAUCUGUCCCUUAAGUACACUCCUGGGAAGCUGAGAACCAGCCAGCUUGAGAAAAUGAUGACCAAGGAAGAGCUAGAGGAGGAGCACAGGGUCCAACGAGAGCAGCUAGCUGCCAUCUUUCAGCUUCUGAAGGACAAUCGGGAGACCUUUGGUGAUGUGACAGAGGGUGACGUGGAAGAACAGCUGAAACUCUACUCCAUCUAGAUGUGACACCCUCAGUGUCCAUCACAACAGAUCACCAAUGUACUCUGGUUGACUUCACGUGAGACCUCACUUAAUAAAUUUCCAGGUGAGGGGCAGGAUUAGAGGUUCUGAACAACCUUUGUUUUUGUAAUGCAUUUUUAGGAAUAUUUUUUUGUAACACCCGGGAUGGUGUAAAAUCUCAAAUGGAUCAACCUGCAUUUGAUAGCUUUAUUUUCUUUUGUAGCACUACAGCAGAAAAUUCUAGAAUGUAGACGCAAAGGAUUGAAAACAAAUGCUGCUUUACUUAUUGCAUUUACUGUCUGUCACAUAUAAUAGGUAAAUUGUGAUUGUGACGGUUUCUGUCUGAAGCCAGACUGAACUGGCAACCUAUGUUGGUAUUGGCCAUUGAAACUAAAUGUGUUGACAUACUUUGUAUCAUACGUUACAUCUGCGAUGACCCAUGACAAGUCAAAAUUAUAGUUUUC